AUGGACUACUCUGACGAGUCGGAUACAGUCUCGGUCAACAACGACAAUGAAAUGGCUCUCAAAAGUGCACGUAUUCCCGUUGAUGAGGCUUUCGAUCUCUCCAGCAAAAUCAUCACCAUAAAAGCCGGCCCACCACCCUCGACCACCACCCUCAAAAUCCACCACGCCGUCCUCGUUCGCUCCUCAGAAUACUUCAAGCGCGUGCUAAAACACGAAUGGGCCUCGCUCCGCUCCGACCCAGACACACUCGACAUGGGCCCCACCCACACAGCCUCAGACAUCAAGACAUACUGUAACUGGCUGUAUUCCGGUACCAUCCCCACGCGCAACUUCGAUGACGAAGACGGAGCGAAGAGCGACUACAUAUUCAUCGACCUCGCUUCGGCAUACGCCUUCGGCGAGCAAAUCAUGGACCAGUCCUACAAGCGCUGCGCCCUCGAGACGCUCGCGGGCGUGCAGAUCGGCGCGCCGGACUAUCCCUGCGCCGAGGCGUUCGUGAUUGUUUACGACGGUACGCCGGAGGGGAGUCCGGCGAGACGUAUGCUCGUGGAUAUGUAUGCGUAUGGCGCGGUGGAUUCGAAGUGUUGGGCGAGUGCGUUUGAGGCGUUGCCUAAGGAGGCGCUGGUGGAUGUGUUGAGGGCGAUGGUUAGGGUUAGGAGGGAGAAUACGGGGAGGCCGUGGAGGGAGAUUGGGGGGUAUUGGGAGGGGGAGAGGGAAUGA